CCCCAAGUCAGUGGGCAGUUUUUAGAGACACACGCUCUUAAGUUAGACUCGCUAAAUUAUGGCACCAACAGUCUGGCAUGUUUCUCUCUGAGCAAUGCUGGUGAAGCCAACUGUCUCAAGAAUAUCAAGGUUAGAUUCAUUAUUCAUGAUGGCAGAAACUUCAUUGUCACUUGCAGCACUUGACAACUAAAAAGUUAUGCAACCUGGGCUUAAAUAAUGUCAAAAGAUUUCUUUCAAUCAGCUGAAGAAUGUAAAAUAUAUUAUGGAGCAGUAAUUCACUAUCAUAUAGAAAUUUUGUUUAAUUAAUUAAUUUAUCCAUUGCCAUGCCGAGGCGUAUCUGGUUUGGGGGGGGCGUGAGUUCAAAACUUUGGGCCUCUUUCAUUUUGGAGCCUUCCACCCUUAAAAAAAUUUCAGAAAAGUUAAAUUUUUUCAAAAAAUGUUGACAAGGUCAACAUUUUUUUGAAGAAAAACUUCUCAAAAAGUUUUCUGAAACACUAUUUUGAGAUAAUUGGGUGUUACAAAUACUUUUUCAGACCUUUUCCACCCUCAAUUUUUCAGAAAAGGUCUUAAUAUUUAAUACGUUUUGCAAUUACUUUAUGUAUGCCUAUUAUAUACUAUUUUGCAAAGUACUUUAUGUAUGCCUAUUAUAAGGUCCCAAAAAUGGCGAGAAGGAGGGACACUAUAUGUAUAUAUCUAUGUUCAGGGGCGGAUCUAGGAUUUUUCGCACGUUAGUCAAAAUUUUAUGACGUCAUCGAUGACGCAAAACGUGAUGACGUCAUUUGACAUGACGUCAUUUGAUGUCAGGAUGAUAGUCCAAUUUUUGUGGAAGUAUAGAUAUUUUGUUUUAUCAAACUACAAAUGCGUAAAUGACAUAAUUUUCGUACCUGCCAAUGUUCAGCAUAUAAUAUAUUAAUAUAUAGACUGUUUCGCCCUACAGUGUAUACCUUGGUUCAUCAGCAUGCCUAUAGGAAACACGUUUACCAAAAAUAGUAAACCGUGAUCCAACAAGGACAGCUUCUUGAAAAAGCUGAACACAAGCACAGGUUUCUGGCUCCUUAAAACCAGAUUGCUUGCCUUCACACCUUUUGCAAGAGCAAAAGGAGUUUGGCUAGAACUUAGAAAUGGGUGACAAUAAAAUGAACAAUGAAUACCACCUAAAAUGAGCAAUCUGGUUUUAAGGUGCCAUAAACCCACCUCACACCUUUCACCGCAGCAAAAGGAGCUUGGUUAAAAAUGGAUGACAAUACGGGACAUUUCAUGGAUGUGAAAUUGCCUUGUUUUUCCCUUUAGUCCCUUCCCCAGUCCUAUUACUAACCUAGCUAUGUCUAAUCUAAUUAAAUUCAUCAUCUUGUUAUAUAUCUGUCCAGCUAUGAAAAUGUAUAAUAUCGCAAGUGAAAUGGUGCCUCAAAGCUGUAGCUUCAGUGGAAGCCAACUUUUAUUGAAAACAAGUUUAUUUUACCUGGCAUUUUAAACAUAUUUUAAUCACAGUCGAUUCAAAUACAAAAUAUUUCAUUACAAAUGACUAUUACUUUACUUAUCUAGUUAUCUGAAAUAUUAAAUUGGCAAGGUUUUUAACACAGUAUUGUAUUAUUCCGAUACUACGCUUAUACAUACUGUAUUAUACACUCACUAGACAGUCACAUACUAUCAACAUGGAGUUUGUCUGUCAGGGCCUGAAAUAAUGUUCCCAAAGUUCCCGAUCAUGGUGAUCGGCAGUCAUGACUUUCCCUGCUUUUUCAGGUUGCAAACCAUGCUUUUCCGCCAAUCAUAAGCAAUUUCCUGCCUAUUAUUGAUUGGUGAUCAGUUGUUAUUUCAAGCCCUGGUCUGUUGAAAAAUUUAACUGGUUCAAGAUGCAAUGGACCUGUCUCAAGCCAAUGAGAUCAGACCCGAUAUUUGGCAUCAGCUUUUGUCUACAAAGCCUGAAUAAUGUUUGGGGGGGGGGGGAUUUGGGAAGGUGGUGAUCUUGAAAGGCUAAGUUUGGUUGAUGAUGAAGAACCAAACCCCAGGAAGUUUUUUCUGUCAGUGUUGUGUACAAGAGUGAGGUUAUUAAUUGCUAUUGGAGGCGAGAGUGGUCUUUUUGCAAGCUGAGAUAUUUAACUUUAACAACAUGUUCCAGAAAAUUUAUCAAUAAUAUGUUUCCUACAGUACAUAUGUUAGGAAUAAUUUCCUGGUGAACUUGCAUCAUGACCAAGCCAAGUCAUUUAAUUUAAGUAGUCUUCAACCAUAGUGCUUCGCUUAUAGCCUUUUAGUGUCCUAUAAGUGCUGAAAUAGACCUUUCACACUUGCACUGUAAACAUUUAAACUCUCAAGGUCAAAUUAGGUCAUUGUCAAUGCUUAGGAAACAGAGCUAUACAAGCAAUUGCCAGUUGCAUCAGAUCUAAAAAUAUAACCAAAGAUUAUAUUAUUAUUAUCUUUAUAAAGUACAUUUGCAGAGCUAUUAUCAGUCAAUCAAUACUCUAUAAUGCAUUUACACAAUAAAUAUUUUUUAUCCAACAUGAUCAAAUAUUUGAGAUCAAAUUUCUGCCACUUCAGGUGUUUUAAUUUGAUACACAUAAUGAAUAUGUAUGCAGUAUAUAAAACUUUGGACCUAACCUCACAUAAUUAUGCAAAUCGUACGUUCAAUUCAACGAUUUAUUGUUCAAAAUUCAAACCACUUUACCUUAUUGCCAUACACCUCUUUAUAAUCUCCUGAAAUAGACGACGAGAAUUCGAGAAAUCAACACAUCUCAGCUAGAUAGUUUCGGCCAAGACAAUUUUCUUGCAUCCAUCGAAUUUAUCUGCUUGAAAUAUUCUCCACAGAACACCAGUAAGCAUUCCUUAUCGCCACUUUCAAAUAACGAUCUAACCUUUUCAAAAUCUACAUCGUUCAUUUCGAUAAUAGUAAAUAAAAUUAUACAAACGAAAUAAUUUCCUUGUAAAAUUGUACAGAACUGCAACAAAGCUACCAGGUGCACAAUGCUUCCAAAUUGAAGAAUAGAAGGUAAUGUCGAAAGCAAAGACAAAAUACUUUCUAGAAUGAACGUUUCUAAGUGUGUCCAAGAUCCUUGCAAUGGUUCGUGUCCCAUUUCCUUUUUUAGAUAUUCUUUGCUUUUCGCUCUUUUGUACGGCGACGGAUUUACCCUUUUUCGUUUUCCACUUUUCGUUUCAUCAUUCUGCGUUGGUGCUGGAAGCUCUGUUGUUUGAUUAUGGCAGUUGUAACACUCGCAUGCACUCGUACAUUUCCAACCAUUCAUAAGGCACCUACAUUUGGACUUCCUUACACCAUCCGUACAGGAUUUGAAAAGGGGAUCAGAUUUCUUUUUUCCUUUACCACAAGAGCAACUUAUAAUAUUCGAAGUUGAUUGGACGGUGGUUAUUUUCUCUUUGUUUUGGCAGCCUUUGCAUUUGCAUUCUCUGGAACACACAUCUCCAUUAACAGCACACGAACAACAUGACGAUUCAUUUCGUACGCAAUGAACCAUUUCGGCCUGUUCCCGCUUGCUAUUUUUGCUACAGGUGCAACGUGUUAAACCCCGGUUUGGAUUUUUCUUUGAUGAGUCUAAAAACAAUUCAACUAUUUUAGAUUGUUGAUUAUUAUCAUAUGGUGGAAGAUAGGAAACAUCUAUAUAUUCCACAAAGUUCCCACAUAUCUUGAAUGGAAUAUUAGUUAAACAUAAACCAAAUGAAAAUAUUCUAACCCAUUACAUAAAUUAAAAUAUUACGAUUUCCUGUAUUAUAUAUAGCAGAAGGAAGGAUGGGCUGUGCGAUGAAAAAUUGUAUGAAUGCAUGCUGACAGUAAAAUUGAAAAACCUCUCCCCUAUAGUACCACAAUCACACUUCCUAAGGAAGUAUACGAAAUAUU